CAGAUAUUGUAUGCUACAGUACAGCCACAAUCACACUAAAAUUUUUAGUUGCAAUUUUUGCAGUGCGAAAGUUGCUGCUGGCUACAUUAGAUGUUUAGCCUUUAGCCAAUAGCGCGUACAAGACUGCGAUCGAGACAUCGGAAGACUAUACUGAGUUUAAGCAUGGAUGGCGAUCUAACUGGUGUAUGUGGGCUGCUGGAAGUUUACCACACACCAAAAUGAAAUAGGGCGCACGAAGAGACAAAUGGACACCGGUAUAUGCCAGCGCCGGGAUAUCGUCCCUUUCUGGUUUUGAUAUUCCUGAUCAGAAAGUGCUUGUUUUGGCGGUUUGAUUUAUGGCGGGAACGACAAUCAUAUUAACAGUAAACUGCAUAUAUCCGUAAUUGGAGAACUGUGCAAAAAUGGUUCGAAUGUGCAGCGAUGUUUUUUGGAACGGGACGAAAGCGUGGUAUGUGGAGCAUCCAGAUUUUACGCACUGCUUCGAACAGAUCGCCUUAGUCGGCAUACCCUGCCUGUUUUUAUGGCUGUGCAUACCGGUGGAGGUUUACAAGGUUAUAACGGAAAAUGCCCGACUUGGACGAUGGACGAAAAUGACAAUUGCAAAAAUGGGUUUGUGUAUAAUUCUGGUCAUCCUGGAAUUGAUGGAUCUCGGCUAUGCGGCCCAAGUUUUGGUGCAUUUUGGCACGGAAUCACUGCCGGCAGUCAAUAUUAUAUCGCCAUUGAUACAAGUUUUUACCUUUCUACUGGCCAUGGUUUACAUCGAUCUUGACAGACGGAAGGGACGAAUUUCCAAUGCCAUCCUGUUUGUCUUCUGGCUCUUAUUAGCCGUAGCCGGCAUUAUUAUCCUACGGAGUAAAGUGUUGCGUGUGUCUGGAAAAGAGCCGCAAAGUCCUGACGAUGUCUUCGGUCUGUUCACAUACGAAGUAUUUUUUCCCAUCGUCGUCAUUCAGCUUAUUCUAUCAGCAUUCGCCGAUAAUUACCCGGAAAGAUUCGAAAACUGGACCAAGAAUCCCUCGCCUGAACAAAGCGCUUCCUUCCUCAACAAGGCAUUUUCUCACUGGAUUACUGAAUUGAUGAGGACUGCGUGGAAACGACAGUUAUUAAAAGACGAUAUUUGGGAUUUGUUACCGGAAGAACGCACCGAAUAUCUGGACAAUGAACUGACCAAGGCGUGGCGCAAACAGAUCACUUCGGCUACCGGAGAAGAAAUAUAUUACAGCGAUGCACAGUCGGAAGCCAGUGGUCACACCGUCAGCACCAACCGUCGUCGUGCCAACUUGACCAACUCAUCGGGCGGUCGCACUAAGACGCCUUCGCUAGUAUCCGCUCUCUACAAGACAUCCUGGCCGCUCUUCUGGAAAUCGGCUUUCUUCAAGGUCAUCCACGAUGGCAUUAUGGUCCUCGUUCCGCUGCUAGUCGGUCAGAUUAUCCAGUUUGCUGCCACUCCAGCGGUAUGGUCGUGGAAGGGUUAUGUGCUGGCCACCAUCUUGUUCCUGAUGGUGGCGGUGCAGAGCAUCGCUUUCGGGAUGAUGAAUAUCUCCACGAGUCGCUGCGGUAUGCGGAUUCGUUCAGCUUUAUCCGCGAUGAUCUACAGAAAGGCGUUGUUUCUGGCUAAUUCAUCCAAGCGCCAGUACCGUGUCGGGGAUGCCUGCAACAUGUUAACAGCCGACACACAACGCAUCUCCGAUUUCCUCUACUAUCACCAUUAUGUCUGGAUUACGCCGGUGACUGCCAUGGUGAUGAUGUACUUCCUGUGGCAGUAUGUUGGUGUGGCUUCCUUGGCUGGAUUUUUCACAUUGAUCUUUAUCGUCCUUCUGAAUUUUAUCGUUGUGGCCAGAGCGAAGAAAUUUGAAGUGUCCGCUGUUAAACAAAAAGACGGCCGUGUACGCCGUAUCAAUGAGAUUUUCAACGGAAUUAAAAUUUUGAAGAUGUACGCGUGGGAACCGCAAUUUCAGGAUCAGAUCAUACAGGCUCGAGAGGACGAGUUGUUUUCGCUGAAAAAAGCCGGCUACUUGACUACAAUCAACCAUGCCCUUAUGUUGGUGUCCUCACCGCUCGCGGCACUGGCAACCUACGCAACAUAUGUCUACGUUUCCGGCUAUCGACUGACACCUAAAACCGGUUUUGUAACGCUCCUGUUUUUGUUCAGUCUGAGGCACUCCUUGUACCUUUUACCCAUUGGUACCACACUGCUCAUUCAGGCGAAAAUAGCGUGCAACCGUCUGCGUGACUUCUUCCUGGCACGCGAGCUUGACCCUAGCAGCGUGGACCGCUUCCCACGGUCGGAAAGUCCGCACAGCUCUGUUAUGAUGAUUGUCGGAGGGAAUUUCUCGUGGAACAGUCGCAGCGCUACGGGCCAGGCACUCACGCUAAAGAACCUGAACAUCGAUGUUAAACAGGGACAACUGUUUGCCUUGGUCGGAGCCGUUGGCAGCGGAAAGUCGUCGUUUUUGGCGGCCUGUCUGGGUUUGAUGGAGCGCAUUUCCGGUCACGUGACCAUCCGCGGUUCGGUGGCCUACGUCACACAGCAAGCUUGGAACCAGAACAUGACCAUGCGGGAUAACAUCCUCUUCGGCCGACCUUUCGAUGAAGAAAAGUAUGAGCGGGUGUUGGAAUGCUGCGCGCUCAAACCGGAUUUGGAGAUUCUGACGUCCGGUGAUCAAACGGAAAUCGGAGAAAAGGGCAUCAAUCUCAGCGGUGGACAAAAACUGCGGGUGACCUUGGCGCGGGCCGUUUACGCAGGAUGCGAUUUGUAUUUCCUGGAUGAUCCGUUGAGUGCUGUGGACGCACACGUUGGCAAACAUAUUUUCGAGAAUGUCAUCGGACCCCAGGGCAUUUUGAAAGACAAGACACGAAUAUUCGUUACGAAUGCCAUUAACUGGCUACCGGAAUGCGAUACCAUCGCGUAUCUGGAGCAAGGGCGUAUUUCGGAAAUGGGCUCUUACGAUGAGCUCGUUGACCGCGACGAACGUUUCAGUGAUUUCCUGCGACAGUGCAAUGUCGAGACAAGCCAGGACGAAGAAGCAGCUCCCGCGGACGACGAAGCCGAACACGGGGCCGGAUACCCUGAGAAUCUCAAACGCAAACCGUCGGAGCGGGAGAAACCGCUGGAUCGCGAUGAAGAACUGCGCCAGUUGCGCAAAGCCGCAUCGCUGCGCCCUCCCCCGGAUGGCAACAUCUCGCAGUCGAUGGAAGUCCAGCCGGUUCGCGCUAGACCCAAGCAGCAGACCGCCGAGGGCGGUAAAAUUAUCGCCACGGAAGAAUUCUCCACGGGCGGCAUUCCCUUUUCAACGUACUGGCGGUUAAUUAAGGAAAUGACCAUCCCAAUGGCGAUUGUCAUUUUCUUUGGGUAUAUUGCGGCCAAUGCGUUCUUUCUCUUCUCUAACAUGUGGGUGGCCAAAUGGGCGCAAACUAACACAACCAAUGAGGAUGGAUCGACGGAUUGGGCGGAAACGAAUUUCGAAGUGGCGAUAUACGGAUUAAUUGCCCUUUUACAACUGAUUUUCGCCAUGGUUGGGCUAUACGGCAUCGCUGCUGCUUUGAUCAAAGCCGGACGUUCGCUGCAUAAUUCCAUGUUGAUACGACUGAUGCGCGCACCGAUGUCGUAUUUCGAUACCACACCGCUGGGACGCAUUGUUAAUCGGUUCAGCAAGGACAUCGAUACCAUUGAUAGCGGCAUACCGAUGCAGCUGCGCUUUGUGAUGAACGCAUUCUUCCAGGCAGUUGUCUUUGCCCUUUUGGUUCUCAUUGUAUUUCCGUUUCUAACCGCUUUCGCCAUUCCGCUGUUCAUCGUGGCGUAUUUUGUGAAGAGUUACUACACAUCCACCGCACUGCAGUUAAAACGUUUGGAUGUCCUGUCGCGAUCCCCGCUCAUCUCCAGCUUGCAGGAAUCCAUGGCCGGAAGUAGUAUUAUUGCCGCCAUGCAGCAGAGUGACCGUUUUGUGUUGGAGAAUCGCCGGAAAAUCGACCAUGUCACCGCUGUCAUUCACUGCAGUAACGCGUCGCUGCAUUGGAUGAUGUUGGUGUUGAUGUUGCUGUGUAACACCCAGACGUUUGCGGCGGCCAUUUUCGCUGUGUACGGACGGGAUUAUUUGGGAUACGAUGCCAAACCGGCGUUUGUUGGUCUGGGAUUGAUUGGCGCUAUUUCCCUCACACUGGUGUUCCCUUGGUGGGCGCAGAAUAUGUGCGAUUUGGAAAACGCACUGAUUUCCGUGGAGAGACUGUACGAAUACUCCAAUACACCUGUUGAGGCUCCGGCCAUUGUGGCCAACAAUCGUGUACCAUCAAAAUGGCCGUACAACGGAAAUAUCGCCUUUGUGGAUUACCAGACACGCUAUCGAGAAGGGCUGGAUCUGGUGCUCGACGGUGUCACUUGUACUAUCCACAGUGGAGAAAAGAUUGGCAUCGUUGGUCGUACUGGAUCAGGAAAGAGUACCAUGACCUUAUCGCUGCUGCGAAUGAUCGAACCGGCAGGAGGGUCCAUCUACAUUGACGGCACUGAUAUAUCCAAAAUCGGACUGCAUGAUCUGCGUUCGCGCAUUACAAUUAUUCCACAGGAAUCGGUGCUGUUCAGCGGAACUUUGCGAUUGAAUCUUGAUCCGUUUGAGCAAAGCAGCGAUGAGCAAAUCUGGAAGGCUCUGGAGUUAUCGAGACUGAAGCCGUAUUUCCAGGCUUCGCAGAACGGGUUGAAUUUUAAGGUUACCGAGAGUGGUGGAAAUUUGAGCGUUGGGCAACGGCAACUGUUGUGCCUUGCUCGGGCUCUGCUUCGUCGCUCAAAAAUCCUUAUUCUGGACGAAGCCACAGCGGCUAUUGACUUCGAAACUGAUAAUUUUGUUCAGGAAAUUAUCCGCUCGGAGUUUGCGGAAUGCACAAUUAUCACCAUUGCACAUCGCCUGAACACGAUCAUGGAUGCAACUCGUGUUAUGGUGAUGGAAGCUGGACGCAUCAAAGAGUUCGAAACACCGGAAAAACUCCUAGAAAACCCUAAUAGUUUAUUCUAUAAACUGGCCAAAGAUGCCGGACAACACUGAUUUAUUUUUCGCAUUGUGAAUUGUUGGUUUUGUUGGGUUUGUUCUGAUUCGUGAUUAAAUAUUUCGCUGCUAGCUGCGCCUGAUGAUAAAUAUGGUACCGGCAUUUAGCAAAGUAUUAAAUUCGUUACAAAG